AAUGUUUGAAAUGCUGAAGGAAAAAGCCAAGCAUAUGGAAGUGUGGGAGCGGCACGGAUGCUUGCUCGUGGACGAGUGCAAAGUUUCAAAAACUAAAAAAUUCGAUAAAAACCUAAUGGAAUUUGUUGGAUUUAUUAAUUUGGGACAUCACACCCCACAAAAAAUGGAAAAUAGUCUUGGAGAUCAUGCUUUGGUCAUUAUGUUUCAACCAUUCGCAGGGCAUGGUCUCCAAGCAUUAGCCUGUUUUUUAAGUGGGGGUGAUAUCUCAGGAGAGAUAUUAUCUAAAAUUAUGCCUGAAUGCAUAAUUUCAUGCGAAAAUGCAGGACUCUAUAUAGACGUUAUUACCAGUGAUGGGGCGAGUUGGAAUAGAAAAAUGUGGAAACACCUGAAUAUAGAGAACACUGAAGAACCAUGGUGUGAACACCCCAUGGAUGAAACGCGAAAAUUAAGAAUGUGCUCCGAUUUUCCUCACCUAAUCAAGUGUUUGAGGAAUAAUUUAAUAAAGAAGAAGAAUUUCAGGGUACAUCAAUAUAAAAUCCUUCGAUCCAAAAUAACCAUACUAAAAUUAUUCCAGAUUCCAGAAGGUUGUGUGGAAUUUGGGCAUUUUGAAAACUUGGUUGAGUAUGAAUCUAGUAAAAUGUUCAAAAUGGCUUAUAAAUUGACCUUGAGUCAUAUAUAUCCGAAGUAUGGAGAAAAAAUGAAUACAAGAUUAGCAUUUCAGGUAGGAUCUAAAUUUGAAGAAUUAGGAAGAAAUGAAAAUAUGCUUUUGAUUCAUUUUCUAGUUAUUCAGUAAUACAACUGCUG